GCCCAGGGCAGGAGGAAGGCACUCACACCUGACAACACCCAACUCCUCUCAACCCACCAGCCCACACCAGCCCCAGACACCACCAUGACCGGCUCCUGCUGCGGCUCCUUCUCCUCCCAGAGCUGUGGGGGAGGCUGCCUCCAGCCCUGCUGCUGCCGCGACCCCUGCUGCUGCCGCCCCGUGUCCUGCCAGACCACCGUGUGCCGCCCCAUCACCUGCGUGCCCCGCUGCACGCGCCCCAUCUGCGAGCCCUGCCGCCGCCCCAUCUGCUGCGACCCCUGCGGCCUGCAGCAGGGCUGCUGCCGCCCCAUCAGCUGCUGCCCCUCGUCCUGCACGGCCGUGGUCUGCAGGCCCUGCUGCUGGACCACCACUGGCUGCCAGCUCCUGUCUGUGCAGGCCCCCUGCUGCCGGCCGCCCUGCUGCCAGCCGGCCCCCUGCCGCACUGUCUGCAGGACCUCCCCCUGUGGCUCCUGCUACUGAGCAGCCGAAUACAAAACACUGCCAGGAGUCCAGCACCUGUAAACUCCUCCCAGUCCUGCCCUGAUGAGAAACACUACUGGUACCGCCCACCUGUUCCACAACUAAGUCAACUCCAACUGCCUAUGGCUUUUCUCUCGUAAUUAUGCAGAAUCCCAGACCUCAGUGAGAAUCCGAAGAAAAACAUCAGCUAUCAUCAUUUGAAUUAUUGGCUUCACAAGAAAUGAGUAAACAAAGAUCAAAGAAUGUGAAUGGAACUCUCUCCCAGAGACCCGUUGUUCCACCAUUUCCAGGUUCUCAUACGGAAUCUCCCCUCUCCCACCUUCCCACCAGGACAACAUUAUUCUUAUACUGUGUUUUUGCAUGGUAAAAAAAAAUUAAAAUUUUAUUUCUGGGAAAGCA